AUGAGGAAGGUAACAGGGAGAUUGAACAGUGCUGGGCUUGUGGGUAUGUUACUGGUUGUCCUGGAGGUCUGUGAGGGUGGGAUAACAAGUAGUUAUGUUAGAAAUGAUGACUUGUCCCUUGAUAUGCCUUUAGACAGUGAUGUGUUCCAAGUGCCUCCCGGAUAUAAUGCCCCUCAGCAGGUUCAUAUAACACAAGGAGAUCAUGAGGGGAGGGGUGUGAUUGUCUCUUGGGUCACUCCAGAUGAACCUGGUUCAAGUACAGUGCUUUACUGGGCAGAAAAUAAUACCAACCUCAAAAACCAAGCUCAAGGCACUAUUCUCACUUACCACUACUUCAAUUACACUUCUGGUUACAUUCAUCACUGCACCAUUCGCAAUUUGGAGUUUGACACCAAAUACUACUAUGAAGUUGGGAUUGGUAAUACCACGCGGCGGUUUUGGUUCACAACCCCUCCUGGCGUUGGUCCUGAUGUUGCUUAUACUUUUGGCCUCAUAGGGGAUCUUGGUCAGACUCACGAUUCAAAUCGAACACUUACCCAUUAUGAAUUGAACCCAACAAAAGGGCAGACGGUAUUGUUUGUUGGGGACCUCUCUUAUGCAGAUGAUUAUCCGUUUCAUGACAAUAACAGGUGGGAUACAUGGGGGAGGUUCACAGAGAGAAAUGCUGCUUAUCAACCCUGGAUAUGGACUGCAGGAAACCACGAAAUCGAUUUUGUUCCUGAACUUGGUGAAAGCAAACCCUUCAAACCCUACACAAACCGGUAUUUUGUUCCAUACGAAGCUUCACAUAGUACAUCUCCUCUCUGGUACUCCAUCAAGAGAGCUUCAGCAUAUAUCAUAGUCUUGUCCUCUUACUCCGCAUAUGGGAAAUAUACUCCUCAAUACAAGUGGCUUGAAAAGGAGCUGCCAAAAGUGAACAGAACUGAGACACCAUGGCUUAUUGUUCUUAUGCAUUCUCCACUAUAUAAUAGUUAUGCACAUCAUUAUAUGGAAGGAGAAUCCAUGAGAGUGAUGUACGAGCAAUGGUUUGUCAAGUACAAAGUAGACAUAAUCUUUGCUGGUCAUGUUCAUGCCUAUGAAAGAUCUGAGCGGAUAUCAAAUAUUGCAUACAACAUUGUGAAUGGACUGUGCAGCCCUAUAAGUGACGAAUCAGCCCCAGUUUACAUAACCAUUGGAGAUGGAGGAAAUCUAGAAGGAUUGGUUACUGAAAUGACAGAACCGCAGCCAAGCUACUCAGCUUUCCGGGAAGCUAGCUUUGGUCAUGGGAUUUUCGACAUAAAAAACAGAAGUCAUGCAUUUUUUAGUUGGCAUCGGAAUCAAGAUGGGUAUGCAGUAGAAGCUGAUUCUCUAUGGUUGAAAAACAGAUACUGGAAAUCUCCGGAAGAGCAGCUCCUAGCCGCAAUAUAA